AUGAGUGAUCAACGUCUAGGCGACAAUGCCAACCGGCCCGACUUCGCCUUCUCCGUCGAGCCCACCGACGCCGCCGCGGCGACGACCAAGUUCGACCUGCCGGUUGACUCGGAGCACAAGGCGACAACAUUCAAGCUCUUCUCGUUCGCCAACCCGCACAUGCGUACGUUCCACCUGUCGUGGAUCUCCUUCUUCACCUGCUUCGUCUCCACCUUCGCCGCCGCCCCGCUCGUCCCCAUCAUCAGGGACAACCUCAACAUCACCAAGAGCGACAUCGGCAGCGCCGGCGUGGCCUCCGUCUCCGGCUCCAUCUUCUCCCGCCUCGUCAUGGGCGCCGUCUGCGACCUCCUGGGGCCCAGGUACGGCUGCGCCUUCCUCGUCAUGCUCUCCGCCCCGACCGUCUUCUGCAUGUCCUUCGUCUCCGACGCCUCCGGCUACGUGGCGGUACGGUUCAUGAUCGGAUUCUCCCUCGCCACCUUCGUGUCCUGCCAGUACUGGAUGAGCACCAUGUUCAACAGCAAGAUCAUCGGACUCGUCAACGGCACCGCCGCGGGGUGGGGGAACAUGGGUGGAGGCGCGACGCAGCUGAUCAUGCCCCUCGUCUACGAGAUCAUCCGACGUGGCGGGGCCACCCCUUUUACAGCCUGGAGGAUCGCGUUCUUCAUCCCCGGGUGGCUCCACGUCAUCAUGGGGAUCAUGGUGCUGACGCUGGGACAGGACCUGCCAGAUGGCAACCUCGGGGCCCUACAGAAGAAGGGUGACGUGGCGAAGGACAAGUUCUCGAAGGUUCUCUGGGGCGCGCUCUCCAACUACAGGACGUGGAUCUUCGCCCUUUUGUACGGUUACUCCAUGGGAGUCGAGCUGUCCACCGACAACGUCGUGGCGGAGUACUUUUACGAUAGGUUCGACCUCAAGCUCCACACCGCCGGGAUUAUCGCCGCGACUUUCGGGAUGGCGAACCUCGUGGCGAGGCCGUUCGGAGGGUACGCGUCCGACGUGGCGGCAAAGUACUUUGGGAUGAGGGGAAGGCUGUGGACUUUGUGGACGCUGCAAACCCUAGGCGGUGUUUUCUGCAUUUGGUUGGGAAAAGCGAGUACGUUACCUCUGGCGAUCUUGUCGAUGAUCUUGUUCUCAGUUGGAGCUCAGGCGGCGUGUGGGGCCACGUUCGGGAUCAUUCCCUUCGUGUCGCGGAGGUCGUUGGGGAUCAUAUCGGGUCUGGCCGGUGCGGGUGGGAACUUCGGGUCGGGUUUGACCCAGCUCGUGUUUUUCUCGACGAACCAGUACUCUACCGAGACGGGGCUGUUUCUGAUGGGGAUUAUGAUCGUGUGCUGCACGCUUCCCGUGGCUUUGGUGCACUUCCCGCAGUGGGGAGGGAUGUUCUUCCCGGCGUCGAGCGAUCCGGUGAAGUCGACGGAGGAGUAUUACUACGAGAUGGAGUGGAGCGAGGAGGAGAAGCAGAAGGGAUUGCACCACAACAGUCUCAAGUUCGCCGCCAACUGUCGGUCGGAGCGUGGGCCCCGCCGUGGGAAUAAUGUUGCCUCCGUCGCUACGCCGUCCAAUGCGACGCCGAAUCAUCAUGUCUAG